GGUAAAACGACGUCAUAAUGCUGCGCCACGAUGCUGCGUCUAAGAUUUGGAUGAAGAAAUAAAAGAGUGUCCAAACACACAGAAAACUCCUGGUGAAGUGAAUGAGAUCCACGUGACACUAUCUUAAAGAUGGCAUUUAUUAAAGAGGAGAGUGAAGACAUGAAGAUUGAAGAAACCUUCAAUGUGAAACAUGAAGAUACCGAGGAACAAACAAAUAUGAUAAUUAUUAAAGAGGAGACUGAAGACAUGAAGACUGAAGAAAUAUUCAGAGUAAAACAAGACACAGAGGAACGAACAGAGUGUUCUUCUGUGCAAAGAGCAUUGGAUCUACUUGGGUUAAUUGAUGGAGACAACUCAGAUUUGGACGUGUCUGACUACGAUGAUCCCAUCCUGGAUGGCAAUUACCAACCAUCACCACAUGAGAAAAGCAGCAGUGAGGACAGUAGUGAUGAUGAGAAUCCCAUUUCUGAGCCCACUGUCCACAGCAUAGGAUGCAAACAUGCAGAUAGCGCAGAUAAUGGAUCAUGGACAGGGACAGAGACAGGUGCAGGCACAGGUUCAUGCUGUACUCACAGACCUCGCCGUCAAAGUCAAGAGAUUGAAGCUGGCAGCUCAGUAGAUGACUUGGAAGAGCCACCAGGACCAAGUCAAACAACAAAAAAGAAAAAGGGAGACUCUGAACAAGGACAUGGACUACGCUGGAAGGCUACUCAAUUGACGCCAAAACUGACAGAGUAUCAGCAUCAGGACAAAACUGAUCUAGACAGACAUGGCUGGACCCCACUAGACUAUUUAGAACAUUACAUCGAUAGAGAUUUGAUGAUGACGAUUGCAGAAUGCUCUAAUAUUAUGUCACUGUCUAAGAGUGGGGAGCCACUUAACAUGACAGUAGAUGAGGUUUACCACUUUUUUGGUGCCUGUAUUUUUAUGUCCUGCAUCCGAUACCCAACCAUUAGGAUGUACUGGUCCAAAGCCUUGAAAAUCACUGCAAUCACUGACAAAUUCACACGUUCCAGAUUCUUCAAACUGAGGGAAGCAAUAAAAGUGGUUAUUGAUCAUGAUGUGCCAGAAGACCUGAAAAUGUCGGACAAAUUCUGGAAGGUGAGGCCUUUUCUGGAUCGGAUUCUGCGAGGCUGCUUGUCUCUGAAUCGACCUGAUUGCGCAUCUAUUAGUGAGCAGAUGAUUCCUUUCACAGGAGCCUGUCCGUGCAGACAAUAUCUGCCAAUGAAGCCGAACCCAGUUGGCAUAAAGAACUUUUUAUGUGCUACAGCAGAUGGCAUUGUACUUGACUUUGAGCUGUAUCAAGGCACAGGUUCACUGAUCGAGAAGGUCGAAGAACCAGAGGGCCUGAGUUUGGGAAACUUAGUCAUCGAGCGUCUGUGCCAAACUCUGCAUCGUGGCACAAAGGUGUAUUGUAACCGGUUCUUUACCACCAUCAAAGGUGUGCAACGAAUGAUGGACAAAGAGCUGUACAUGACUGGUACAAUAACAAAGAACCAACUCACUGAAGUGAAGCAUAAGUUACCCAGUGACAAAGCCAUGAAAAACGCAGGAAGAGGUACCUCUUCAGAAGUUUCUGCUGGAGAUGGAAAGUUGUGUGUAGUGAAGUGGUACGACAACAAACCAGUAUUGUUGGUGUCUGUUGUUCAUGGUAGACAGCCAGAAGACACCUGCCAGCGCUGGGACAAGAAAAAGAAACAAUAUGUCACUGUCUCGCGACCAAGCAUUAUCCGCGAGUACAACAGCAAGAUGGGUGGAGUUGAUUUGAUGGAUAGAAUGAUAAGUAACUAUCGCAUGAGCACCCGUACUAAGAAGUGGACAAUGCGGAUGGUAAUGCACUUCACGGAUCUGGCUUUAGCCAACAGCUGGCUACUCUACCGAAAAGACCAUGCAAUAUGUGCUGGACCAAAAACAAGACCGAUCCAGUUCCUUCAGUUCCGCAUGGAAGUGGCUAUGACCCUUUUGGCCCAGCAUCACAGUGCAGAUGCAGACCUUUCGGCACAGUCAGAGGAAGAAGAACAUUCAAACCAGGGAGUGAAACGUCAUGUGACAGAGUUGCCCCAUGUCUCGGUCCGUAGGAGGGCUAAUGCCCACCUCCCAGAGAUAAUCAGUCUGAAAAAUGCAAUGCGCUGCAGACAACUAGGCUGCACCGGAAGAACCCGAGUGCGUUGUAUGACCUGCAAAGUGUUCUUAUGCUUGCAAACUGAGCGCAACUGUUUCUUAGCCUUUCACACAUAAGUGAUGGCAGUGAUUUUCAAGGUGUGUACAUGUUCCUUGGUUCCUCCAUGUUCUCCGACUCCGUGAAGGUCAAUCAAUCAGGGCCUCUGUAAGCAGGCCUGGUCCUACAGUGCUCAUUUAUCACAGCCUUUAACAUGUUACCUUUUUUACAUUAACAAUGCAAAAUUGGGCCCACAUCACUCUCUGUUCCCACUGCGCAACGUGACGUCGAUGUGACGUCUUUUUCGUGUCAUUUUUGGACGUCCAAAUUCGGUCCAAUGAAGGGGUUGUUUUGUAACGCCAGACGACGUCUUUUUUUCGACGUCAACCGCACGUCUAAUUUGGACGUCUGUGGGACCUCCGUGUAAGGGCUAUUUAUAGUCCAAAUGUGGUUACUUAUGGACGUCUUUUCAACGUCAAAUUUAGACUUAUAUUAGACGUCGUUUUUCUAACUUGUAUAACUGUACAACAUUACAGUUAUACACAUACAAAUAAAUCACAAUUCAAUAAUCACCAUUUUAAUCUUUAUUCAAAAAUAAAUUGCCAUGAAUAGCAUCAGAAGGGCACCGGACAUAUCAAGCAGAAUUAU